AUGGACAUAAAAUCUGGUCACUCGUCUCCUGUAAUGACUGAUUCUCCACCAAUAAGCAACUCAAGAUUAACCAUUCGUCAGAACAGACUACCUUACUCAUCAGCAGCAGCAGCAGCAGCAGCAACGGCUCUCUCACAGAACAACAAUCUUUUGCUAACCGUUCCCAGAAAGAAAACCGGGAUUCUUGAUGACGUUAAGUCUAAUGGUUGGCUUGACGCAAUGAAAUCUUCUUCUCCUCCUCCGACACUAGUUAACAAAGACAACGAUGCUACGGACAUGACUUACCGCGAAUGGACGCUCAAGUAUCCAUCAGCUUUAACUACUUUUGAGAAGAUUAUGAGUUUUGCAAAAGGCAAAAGAAUAGCAUUGUUUCUUGAUUACGACGGGACACUCUCGCCUAUAGUUGAGGAACCUGACUGUGCCUACAUGUCAAGUGCUAUGCGUACUGCAGUGCAAAACGUUGCCAAGUACUUCCCAACAGCGAUCAUUAGUGGAAGAAGCCGCGAUAAGGUAUAUGAGUUUGUUAGAUUGAGUGAGCUUUAUUACGCUGGGAGCCAUGGAAUGGAUAUUAUGAGUCCUGCAGGGGAAUCUUUGAACCACGAACAUAGCCGUACUGUAUCAGUUAACGAACAGGGGAAAGAUGUAAAUCUGUUCCAGCCAGCUAGCGAGUUUCUACCGAUGAUCGAUAAGGUGCUUUGUUCGCUUAUAGAGAGUACAAAGGAUAUCAAAGGUGUAAAAGUAGAAGACAACAAGUUCUGUAUCUCUGUGCAUUACCGCAAUGUAGAAGAAAAGAACUGGAGUUUGGUUGCACAGUGCGUUGAUGAGGUCAUUAGAACAUAUCCAAAGCUACGGCUAACACAUGGCCGGAAGGUUUUAGAGAUCCGUCCGGUUAUUGACUGGGACAAAGGGAAAGCUGUGACAUUUCUACUUGAAUCUCUCGGACUAAACAACUGUGAGGAUGUUCUUCCAAUCUAUGUCGGGGAUGAUCGAACAGACGAAGAUGCAUUUAAGGUAUUACGAGAUGGGCCUAACCAUGGUUAUGGUGUAUUAGUCUCUGCUGUUCCCAAAGAUAGCAAUGCCUUUUACUCGCUUCGUGAUCCAUCUGAGGUGAUGGAGUUUCUGAAAUCAUUGGUGACAUGGAAGAGAUCAAUGGGUUAG